GCGUGUGGGUAGGUGCAUGAUUUCAUAAGGCCAAACUUGCUUGAGGGUAGUGGUGGUGAUUUUAAUUGCUAAGAACUGUGUUACUGUUAGACAGUUAUUAGCGAGGCCAUGGAUGAGAAAAAGGCCAUCGAGGCAAACGGCAAAGGUGGCAAGGACACCGAGAGUGUGGAUUACAGUGAGGAUGAGGAAACUAAACGAGAGACAUGGGGGAGUCAAAUCGACUUCAUCCUGUCUUGUAUUGGGUUUGCUGUAGGUCUUGGAAACGUCUGGAGAUUCCCCUAUCUUUGCUAUGAAAACGGAGGUGGAGCCUUCCUCUUUCCAUAUGUCAUCAUGUUAAUCGUUGCUGGGCUGCCUCUUUUCUACUUGGAGAUGGCAUUUGGCCAGUUUGCCAGUUUGGGAGCUGUUGCCGUAUGGAAGAUCAGUCCCUUGUUCACAGGUGUCGGCAUAGGUAUGAUCAUAAUAGCAGCUCUGGUCGCCGUCUACUACAACGUCAUCAUAGCGUGGGCGAUCUAUUACCUGAUACGCUCCUGUACCACAGGCCCCUUGCCGUGGUCCACAUGUGAUAAUGAAUGGAACACUGCAAAUUGCUUCAAUGAUUCAAUGAACUACACAAAGGAAGAGACUGUUAACUUAACAAGACCUAGUGACGAAUAUUGGCACCGUCAUGUGCAUCAGUUAACAGAGGGAAUCGGAAACAUGGGCAGUAUUCGAUUAGAGUUGCUAGGAUGUCUUGCCCUGGCUUGGUUAAUCGUGUUCCUGUGUCUCUGUAAAGGGAUUAAAUCAUCUGGGAAGGUUGUGUAUUUUACUGCGGUGUUCCCCUAUGUUGUCUUGUUGAUCUUACUGGUGAGGAGUGCGACUUUACCAGGGGCAGGGGGCGGAGUCAAGUACUACAUCGAACCAAAGUUUGACCGCCUUUUAGAUGUCAAGCCGUGGAGAGAUGCAGCCAAUCAGAUAUUUUACUCCCUGGGUAUCUCCUUUGGGUCUCUGACUACUAUGGCCAGCUUCAACAGGUUUCAUAACAACGUCCAAAGGGAUGCCAUACUUGUGUCGGUCUGUAACUGUGGCACCAGUAUCCUGGCUGGCUUUGUUGUGUUUUCUACUCUUGGCUUCAUGGCUGAGAAUAGCGACCGGAGUAUUGACGAUGUUGCCGUUAGUGGCCCAGGCUUGGUUUUCAUUGUCUACCCUGAGGCCCUAGCUAAGAUGACUCCGGUGCCUCAGGUCUGGGCAUUCCUUUUCUUCUUCAUGUUGUUUCUGCUCGGUCUGGACAGUAUGUUUGCCAUGAUGGAAACAGUACUGACUGCAAUAGUGGACGAGAUGCCACCGAGAUUGAAGCGUUAUAAAUGGCUUGUAACUCUAGCUGGCUGCUCUGUAGGAUUCCUCUGCGGGAUUCCAAUGGUUACUCAGGGUGGCUUGUAUGCACUAACCAUAAUGAACGACUAUGCUGGGGGAUUUUCCUUGAUGUUCAUUGCGGUGUGUUACUGCACUGUUAUCUGCUAUGUAUACGGACUGACUCGCUUCAGCAAAGACAUCGAAUCCAUGAUCGGAUCACGACCCAAUAUCUACUGGAAGGCGUGCUGGUCUGUGAUUUCUCCACUUGCAAUGGUGGCAAUAGUCAUUGCAAGCUUUGUAUUCUACGUACCGUCUGGCUAUGGUGGGAAGGAGUUCGAUACUGGGGCGCAGACCAUUGGCUGGGCACUGACACUGCUGUCGUUUGUCGUCAUCCCUGGAUACGCUGUGUUUGCGUUCUUCUUUAGAGCCGACGAUACAAGCACAACAUUCCUAACUCGUCUUCAGAUCCUUCUUCGCCCAACCUGGGACUGGGGACCUGCCCUGAACAAGAAUCGCAUCGAGGCGGGCUACCAACCUAUCCCAGCCGAUGGCCUGCCCCCACCAGAGAUUGAGCUGACCUCCAAAGGGUACGGUGGUCACAGUGAACCCGGUGUGGCUCUGGUAUCGUCUUCCAACAUGAACCCGUAUAACUCGGAUACACCAAAUUACUACAUCAAUGAGGUGGUGGACGUGGAUGUAGACGAGCAUUAGACAUGGGAUGGUGUUGGCUUAAAGGCACUGGACACUUUUGCUCAAAAUAAUCGUUACUUGGUACCAAACGAUGGAGAGCUGUUGAUAG